ACUAAACCAUCACUCCGUCCAAUCAGCAACGAGCGUCUUUUCUACAAGUGAUGACUCCUUCCUGUUCGACAGUAACUUCCGGUGUACUUCCAGGUUUCAGAAUGUUUUCCCCCUGAAAUGCAGAACGCUGAUGCUGCCCAGUCGUGUGGAUUCUCCAGUGACAUCAAGAGGCGGCUCAUCAGUGCUGUCCCGCAAACGGAACAAAUGCGGUUGGAGAUGGUGACCAAGACACCAGAUGUCCAGCAGCUGCUGACGUGGGAAGAAGUAUCUGCUGAGCAGCAGAAGCUCAUCUCUUGUCUGGGUCAGGACGUACAAGAACCUCAGCUUUUUAAAGAAGAAAAUGGAGAUGAAGUCAAAAUAAAAGAGGAAGAGAAAGAAGCAGAGGUCUGUAAGUUCUCAUUCAUUCAGGUUGAAGUGAAGAGUGAGGAUGAUGACGAUGAUGAAAAGGAGCCUUCAACCAGCAGCUUGAUGCCACUGAUGAAAACUGGGGCUGAGGGAGACAUUGUUGUUGGAUCAGAACCAACCAGCUGUUUAGAUACCUUUCUCAAGAUGGACCACCAGAGGUCACUUUCAUCUGAAUUAGAUACUGAUGACAGUGAAGACUGGAGAGAAACUAAUGACCCUCAACCAGGCUCAAACUCUGUGGAGAAUCCAAGAACUGACAUUAGUGAAAAGAAAGAUGAUGCUGAUCAAAAUACACUGGUCUGCUCUAGAUGUGGGAGAAAAUGUUCUUCCACUUCUGGGCUGACUCGACAUUUGAAGUCCUGCCUUGGACCACUGACGUGUUCAUUUUGUGGAAAAUGUUUUGAAAAGAAACAGUAUCUAAAUGAACACAUCAAAAUUCACACUGGAGAAAAACCUUUUAGCUGCUCCCAGUGUGGUAAAUGCUUUAUGCAGCGAGUUCUUCUGACGCAUCACAUGAAAAUUCACACUGGAGAAAAUCUAUUCUCUUGCUCCCAGUGUGGAAAGUGUUUCACAUGGAGGCAUACUCUGGAGCAACACAUGAGGAUUCACAGUGGAGAAAAACCUUUCCGCUGCUGUGAGUGUAAUAAAUGUUUUACUCAUGCGGAUGGCUUGAAGAAACACCUGAGAGUUCACACAGGAGAAAAACCUUUCCGCUGCUCUGAGUGCGAUAAAUGUUUUUCGCAAGCAGUUGGCCUGAAGAAUCACAUGAGAAUUCACACUGGAGAAAAGCCUUUUGUCUGCUCUUAUUGUGAUAAAUGUUUUGCGAACAGAUGGACCCUGUCAGAACAUGUGAGAGUUCACACUGGAGAAAAACCUUUCAUCUGCUCCAAUUGUGGUAAAUGUUUUGCACAAAAAGAGAGUCUGAAAGAACACAUGAGAAUUCACACCGGUGAAAAACCCUUCACUUGUGUUCAGUGUGGCAAAUGUUUCACACAUAGAUCUUGCUUGAAGAAACAUACAAAAAUUCACACUGGUGAAAAACCCUUCAGCUGCUUUCAGUGUGGUCAAUGUUUUAAGUGGAGCUAUCAACUUAAGUCUCACAUGAGCAGUCGCACUGGAGAGGAUUCUCUGUCAUGCAGUGCAGAAAAUGCUUUAAUGACUUGAGUAUCAAGGUCAAUUGUUGAACUACUUUUUUUUAAUUUGUGAUACACAUUCACAGGGAUAAGAAACAUCGACCUGUCAUUGGAAAUCUGUAAUUAGGAGCGUGAGAAGGUACAUUGGGGAAAACCUCACUCCUGUUGACACUGUGGGAGACACUACUAUGACUACUACUGCUACCAGCACCACCACUACUAGCUAGCACUGCUGCAUUUUAAAAGGCACAUAAGAAGUGGCAUCAGAGGGAAAUGUAAUGAAAAUGUUUAUGUACAUCAAAAAUAAGUGAAUGAACUAGAGAUUAUGUUUCCAUUGCUCUGUCACAUAAGAUCCUGUCCCUGAAUAUACAUUUGUAAAUUAGUUGGAUUUUAUUUGUUUGAAGGUGCCAGCUUUAACAAGACUCUCCGUGUUCACCUCACAUUUCUCCGGUCACACAUUCACUGGUCAUAAAUACACGUCCUAAUCAUGGACUCAACUUUGUAUAAACUUGGAUUUCCCAUUCUAUGAAUUGCUUCCUUUUGACACCUUGUCAACACUGGUAAUAUCAUCGGAUAAUCACAUCAGACUUCAGCAGUGUCCUUGUUGACUGAUAUGGAGUCUCAAUGCUACUGUUCCUGUUUCAUGUUCUCCAUGUCCACGCUGCUUAUUCAUUUGUGAUGCUGAAGGUAUAACGCAUAAUCAAACUACAGUUCCAGGUUUCAUAGACAGCUCUUUGGAGCACUUUGUGAACAAUAAACACAUGUGCCUGAAGUAUCAUCUCAUCAUGUUUGUGUCCAUGAUGCUCUCGCCCUGUGGUGUACAAGGUCCGUAUUUUUGUUGUCUUCAAACAUUACAACACUUUUUGAAAUACUCCGAAGUGACCAGUCUGCGCCUACACCAGAUGAAUAAAUAGUCUGCUUCCAUUAAAGAACAAUAAUAAUGAUUAAAAAAAAACACUGAAGUAGCAGAAUCGCUUGUUGAAAGAAAUGUGGGUUACCAGAAUGAGAAUGUUUGACUGCAAUAUGCUUGACACAGUUAAAACUAAUAAUAAA